CUACACAACAAUUCACACAAAGUCUAUCACAAUGUCCUCCGCUGAAGACAGAGUCAACGCCAUGCGUGGCUACAAGGCCACCAUCAACAACCCCAACGUCUCCGAGGAGGCCAAGCAAAACGCCCAGUCCAUGCUCGACCAGCUCGGUGGCUCUCAGCCUUCGGAGGAGUUGCACAACCUCCGUGGUGACAACCAGAAGGACCCCAACCGCGUUGCUGGUGGCCUGAAAGCUGCCCAGAACAACCCUGGUGUAUCGCAGCAGGGUAAGGAGAGCGCCGCACAGAAGUUGAACCAGCUUGGUGGCCCGGAUGAGUAA